AUGUUCCACUUGUCAUAAAUGGAUUAAAUAUUCUUAAAAUCUUUAGCAGAUGUUGUUAGAACAUCAAGAACUACAUCUCAAUAUGAUAAGUUAACAUUUACGACAUAAACUAUAGCAGAUAUUAAAAAUGAAAUAUCAAGUAGAUAGGAAUCAGUGAGAUAUUAAGCAUUGUUAAAAUUGUUCUUUGUAUUUAUAUAAUUCUAUAAAUUAGUUAGCUAUGGAAGGGAAUAACAUAAGAUGGGCAGAAUUUUAAAUAAUAAAUCUAAUGGGUAGUGCAGAUUUCUAAUUAAAAUUGGGUGCCUAAUUAGCAGCACAUUUAGUAAUUGAUAAUCAAAGUUAAGGUCUCAUUAUGGUUACUAAUGUAUUUUAAAAAGAAUUCAAAAAUGGUCAUAUUGAAUGCUCUACUACUCUAAGUUGUUUAGGCACAAUUGCUAAUAAAGAUUUAUCAGAUUCCUUAUUAACACAUGUUUUAAAACUUACUACUAAUACUAAACCUUUGAUAAGAAAAAAGGCAAUAGCUGUAUUAUCUAAAAUAUUUACAAUAAAUCCAUUAAAUAUUCCUGGAAAUUUAGAAAUGGUCAUACAAUAAUUAUAGAAAGAAACUAAUAUUUCAGUAUUAGCAUGUGGAAUUAGUUUGUUUUGUUCAGUGAUGAAAGUGGCACCAAAACUCUAUCCAUUAUUUUUAUCUAUUGUUUAUGAUCAAAUUUCUAAAUAAAAAUCAAAUUGGUUAUUAAUCAAAUUAGUUAGAAUAUCAAAUAAAUUGAUAGCUUUAGAACCUAGAUUUUAAGGAAAGUUAAUUGAACAUUAUUCUAGAUUACUUAAUUAAACUAAUUCUAAAUCUUUAUAAUAUGAAUUAAUUUAUUCAAUAAUGAAGUAUUUUAAAAAUCAUUCAUAACUUUAUGAAAGUGCAGGAGAUAUAUUAAAAUAAUUUUUAAAUCAUCAAGAUCCUAAUUGUAAAUUAAUUUAUCAUUAUAUUUAUAGUAAGAUGUUUAGGAUUGGAAUGUUUAACUCAUAUAUCAACAUCAGCUGGUCUAAUGGAAUUUUAAGAAUAAAUUUUAGAAAGUUUUAAAAAAAGUGAUUAUUUUUCAAAACUAUAAAUUUUAUAGUUAUUCAAAGAUUUUACAAAUCAAUAAAACUUUUAAACAGUGAUUGAAUUUUUUUUGAAAUAUUCAGAUUUAGAAAGCAAUCAUAAAAUUAUUGAAUCAUUAAUUCAUAUAAUAACAAAAGAUAAAUUCAUAAAUGUGGAUGAUCCUGAGAAAUUAUUACUAAUGUAUAUUCCAAUAAUAGCAUAGAAAAUAGAUACAAUUGAUAAUGCUAUGAGAUUUAAAGAAAUGCUUUUUGAAUUAUUAACAAGAGUACCUGGAUUAAAGGUUUAUUCAGAUUAAUUAUGUAAUUAAAUACUUUAAACAUAUGCAACUUAAUCUGAUACAUUAUAAGGACCUACUUUAAAUAUUGUAUAAAGACAUACUUAAUUAAAAUAUUCUUUAAAUCAUAGAGAAAUAAUUUUUAAAUCUUUAAUAAUGAUAGUAGGUGAAUCAGUUAAAUUAUUGAAAUUAGAAGCACUUAUAAAUAUAAUUAAGUUUUUAGAAUAAUUAAAUAUAUUAAAUUGUUAUGAAUCAUCAUUGUCAGAUAUAGAUUCAUUAUUAUUUAAAAUAUAUAUUUAAAUAAUAAAAAUUGAUUCUUAAAAUGAAAUCAUACCUUAAAUUGAAUAAUUAAUUAAGAAUAUUUAUAAUAAGUUACAUAAUAUUUCAAUAGUGAAAAUAUCAUUUUUUUAUGAAUCUUUAAUAAAUAAUAAAUAAAAAGAUUAACUUGAUUAAUUGUUUACAUUAUAUGAGGAAGAUUUACCACCAAUUAAUUUAGAAGUAUUAAUUUAUAUGAGUAUUAAAAAAGGCUCAAAAAUUGAUUAAGCCUCCUGAAAGUUUGAAUAUCACUUAAUCAUUUCAAAUAGAUAUUGAAGAGAUUGAAAAAAUUAAAAAUUCAAAUAAUGAGUAAAUAGAACAAAAACCUAUAGUUUAAUAAAUAGUAUAAGUAGAAUAAAAUUAAAAUGAUUAAGAAGAUCAGAAUAUACAAAUAUAGAAAUAGGAUGAGAAUGAGGAAGAAUUAAAAGUAUUGAAUAAUAAAGUAGAUUCAAUUCCUAAAAAAGUUUUUACAAUCAAUAGAGAUGAAGAAUUACCACCAGGAGUAAAUUAAAAUGAUAUAAAUUAAUCUAAAGAAGAUGAAUGA